CCUUGGAUCCUUAUGACUACUUCAUACUGUCAAAUGUGUCUAUAAAUCGCAACAUUUCAACCAAAAUAAAACAACUUGUGAUGUAUAAAGUGAACUUUUGAUAUUCCCCGGUGCAACAAACCUCACAGGCCGAAAUUCGUCCUCAAACCAGCCAAAAUAAAUAAAAACGAAAGCAACAUCCCCUAAAACGUCACUCCUCCAAGUCAAUUUCUUCUCUCUCCACGACAACAUGCCCCUUUUCGGAAAAUCGCAGAAGAGCCCCACCGACAUCGUGAAGGCGCUCAAGGAAGCCGUCAACUCUCUAGAAAAAGGCGACAAGAAAGCCGAGAAAGCCCAGGAGGACGUCAGCAAGAACUUGGUCUUGAUCAAGAACAUGCUGUACGGCACGUCCGACGCGGAGCCCCAAACCGACAUCAUCGUGGCCCAGCUGGCCCAGGAGCUGUACAACAGCAACCUCCUGCUGCUGCUCAUACAGAACCUGCAUCGAAUCGACUUCGAGGGCAAGAAAGACGUCGCGCAAGUGUUUAACAAUAUUUUGCGUAGACAAAUCGGGACUCGGUCGCCUACGGUCGAAUAUAUCUGUACCAAGCCCGAAAUUCUGUUUACUUUAAUGACUGGGUAUGAACUGCAAGAAAUUGCUCUAAACUGUGGAACGAUGUUGCGUGAGUGCGCUAGAUACGAAGCUUUGGCCAAAAUUAUGCUUUAUUCCGACGACUUUUAUCACUUCUUCAGAUAUGUGGAGGUGUCGACGUUCGAUAUUGCGUCAGAUGCGUUUUCUACUUUUAAGGAAUUGUUGACCCGUCACAAAAUUCUAUGUGCGGACUUUUUAGAAGUUAACUAUGACAAAGUUUUCAGCCAUUAUCAGCGCUUAUUAAAUUCCGAAAAUUAUGUUACACGCCGUCAAAGUCUGAAAUUACUUGGAGAAUUACUACUCGACAGGCAUAAUUUCACUGUGAUGACGAGGUAUAUAUCCAAUCCCGACAAUCUUAAACUUAUGAUGAAUAUGCUUAAGGAACGAUCUAGGAACAUCCAAUUUGAAGCCUUCCACGUAUUUAAGGUAUUUGUGGCAAAUCCAAACAAACCCAAGCCGAUCCUGGACAUCCUGCUUCGCAACCAAGACAAAUUAGUAGAUUUUCUGAUGAAGUUUCAUACAGAUAGGGCGGAAGACGAACAAUUUAACGACGAAAAAGCAUACCUCAUUAGGCAAAUUAAAGAACUAAGGCCGAUGCCCGGCCACUAACAAUUUUCCUAUUAACAUUUUAAUAAUUAUUGUUAUAUAUUUUAAUUUCAGCCGUUACCAAGAUUUAAGCCCCAUGGACUCCAUAUCAUUUAAUUUCAUUGUAUUUGACGUCCAUUUAAAAAUUUUCGUAGUCGUUCGCUGAGAUCUUGCGUUUGUUUAGUGCUCAAGCGAUAAUAAAAACUGACAGUAAUAAUUUGAGUGAUUUUUGCGUUUAUUUCAACAGUUUUAGAUUCAGUUAAUAGGGUCGGUAACAAAUAUAUUAAGUGUAUUUAUAAUAUAUAUUUAUACAAAUAUUCGAUUGUUGUUAAGUGUAUAAUUUAUGAAGGGUGCAGAACAAACCGUUUCACGAACUGAUUGCCUAAAUUGAACCAGAAAUAAUUUGUUCUGCCGUUCAUUGUAAAUUUUGUUCCAUUAUUAUCUCCUUCCUUUGUUUAUUUUGUCCGAUUUCGGCUUAGCAAUAAUUUCUAUUUACAGACUACUUAAGUGUAUUUUUUGUUUGUUUUUGUUUUGUAAAGUAAGGCUAGUUGAUAGUUUAGUGAAUGGAUUCUGUAAAAUCAUUAAUUCAAUUAAAACACUAGUGGGGUGCCUAUAAAUGCUUAUGGAUAGUUUUUAAACAAUUAAUCUUAUUAGAAAUUAACUGACCAUCCAUGGAUGGGGAUUCUAUUAACUGCGUUAAUUCAAUCUCGAUUGUGGCGACUGGACAACUCGUAGUGGACGGCUGUAAUUACUAAUAAGAUCUAUUCUUAGCAUACUUAAUAAAGUUAAAAAAAUGAUAGGAUACCUAAUACAAUUCUAAAUCUUAUUGAAAUUAAUAGUUUUAUAAAAAUGAAUUUCUAUGGAGGAAAUAAGUAAUGUGGAUUGUUAUUUCACUACAGAAGGUGCGUGUUGUAUAAAGUUCUUUAGGCACUUGUUCAAGUAUUCAACACACAAAGUUUAGCCAUCUGCUAAUGUUACGAAACGAAAAUUAAAUUAAUUUUAUUUUCUAUACAUUUUUAAUUAUUUCUUAUAUGUAUUGUAUUGUAUUUAUUUUAAACUAUAUGAUUUACACUGAAACUGGAAUCAAUACAUUCUUUUAGAUGAA